AUGGAAAGGGUCAUUGUGUCUGAUGAUGAGGUUAGGAAGUUCUUUCUUGGAAUUUCUUCAGAGGGAUUAAAAAGACAGUUGGACGGGCUCGAACAUGGUCUAAGCAAGUAUUCAGAGAACCCUAGCAUUGUUCCCAGACGGUUAUUGCAAAGGACUAGCGAUGGAAGCACCUUACAUAUGUAUAUGCCAGUGGUUGAUACAGAGUAUAGUGGAAUAAAGAUGUUAGGGUACAAUGAAAACGGCGGAUCUGGUAUUAUAGGGUGCAUUAAUGUCACUGAUGGAAGGAGUGGGCAGUUAGUUGGAUGUGUGGAAGCAAAGGAAUUGACUGGCGUUAGAACAGCAUUAGCAAGCUGUAUUGUUCUAAGACAUCAAUUGGAUAAGCUUCGUACCGAUGGGGUUGAAAUCACGAUGUUCGGAAGUGGAUUGCAGGCCUUUUGGCACAUUUUUAUCGUUGGGAAGUUGUUAAGGGGAGAUAAUAACAAGAGAGAUCUGAAGGUAAAUAUUAUAUAUAGGCAGCAUCCCCUUCAAUUGGAUGUUUUAGCCAAGGAAAUUGAUGGAACUGUCUUUAAGCAGGUUUUACUAAGUGAUCAGAACGCAGUUGAUCAAGCAUUACUUAGCAGCGACAUUAUCUUUUGUUGCACCGCAUCAUUGAAUCCUUUAAUAUCUUUGAAACAACUACAAAUCGAAAGAAUUGGCUCUAAUCCAGUAAAGCACACCUAUAUAUCUCUUAUUGGAUCUUACAAUUCUACCAUGCACGAGUGUGAUCAGGAUUUAAUAAAGGAAUUUCAACACCGCGAUGUUAAGAUCUUGGUUGACUCCAAAGAACAUACCCUGAUAGAAGCUGGUGAACUGAACUUAGCUAAGGUACAGCCAAAUCAAGUAUUAGAAAUAGGGGCAUUUCCGGGAACUGGAAACGUGUUCUGUCCAAUUUCCCCACACACGACUAUCACUUUAUGUAAGAUUGUGGGCCUAGGCAUUAUGGAUAUCUGUGUCAGUAAAAAUAUGCUAAAGAUGCUAUCAGAUAGAGCGGCUAUGUAA